AUGUCUUCUUCAAACUUGUUACUUUUCUCUAUAAGUCUACUUAUCAUCACAUUCUCCGUGAUACCAAAUUUCACUUCUGGAUCUUUGGAGGAAGCUAAUGCUCUUCUUAAAUGGAAAGCAAGCCUUGAAAUCCCAAAAAACUCAUUGCUCUCUUCAUGGAUUUCCAUCCCUUUGAAUUCUAGUGCGUCUGUUCCAUGCACUUCUUGGUUUGGAGUAGUUUGCAAUGCUGGUGGGAGCAUUCAGAAGUUGAACCUCACAUCAUCUGGAUUAAUGGAAAUCCAACUUUUGUCCAAACUUGUAUAUCUUGAUUUUUCAAAGAAUAAGUUUUCUGGAGUAAUACCACCCGAAAUAGGAAACAUGCACCAACUAACCAUCUUGUACUUACACUCAAACAACAUCUCUGGUCCCAUUCCCAUUGAACUUGGGAAUUUGAAGUCUCUCACCGAGUGUAAGGUGUACAACAAUCAACUUAGUGGUUCUAUUCCUUCAUCAUUGGGUAAUUUGACAUCUUUGAAUAUCCUUUAUUUGUAUGGAAAUCAGCUAUCUGGUCAUAUUCCCAUUGAACUUGGUAAUUUGAAGUCUCUCAAUAAACUUGAUGUGGGUGAAAAUCAACUUAGUGGUUCCAUUCCUUCAUCAUUGGGUAAUUUGACAUCUUUGAAUGUACUUUAUUUGUUCCUAAAUCAACUCACUGGUCCCAUUCCUAUUGAACUUGAGAAUUUGAAGUCUCUUGUCGAGCUUGAUGUGGGCGACAAUCAACUUAGUGGUUCUAUUCCUUCAUCACUAGUAAACCUCAGCAACCUACAGUCGCUAAUCCUCAGUGUUAAUAAGUUAUCUGGUCCCAUUCUUAGUGGAAUUGGGAAGUUGAAGUCUCUCACUCAUCUUUCGGUGAGAGGAAAUCAUCUUAGUGGUUUUAUUCCUUCAUCAUUUAGUGAUUUGAGAUCUUUAAAUCUCCUUUAUAUGCAUCACAAUGAGCUUGUUGGUCCCAUUCCUAAUGAACUUGGGAAAUUGAAGUCUCUCACUGAUUUUCAGGUGAACAACAAUCAAAUUAGUGGUUCUAUUCCGCUAGAGUUUGGAAAUUUAACUCAACUACGAAGACUUAAUCUGUGUUUGAAUCAUUUGGUUGGUGAGAUCCCAAAGGAGUUUGGGAAGAUAAAAAGUAUGCUGGAAUUGUACUUGGCUGGCAACCAACUUUCAGGUGUUAUACCUCUAGAGCUUGGAUUUUGUGAACUCCUUGAAGUACUCGAUCUAUCUAAAAAUAUAUUGAAUGGGUCGAUUUCAAGAAGUAUCGGUCAAUGGUCACAAAUCCACUACUUGAAUCUUAGUAAUAACAAGAUCAGUGAGAAAAUUCCAUCCGAGAUUGGUAAAUUAGUUCAUCUUACAGAACUUGAUUUAUCUCAUAAUGUUCUCACGAAAGAGAUACCAUCUGAAGUACAAAGUUUGCAGAGUUUGCAAAAAUUGGAUCUUUCUCACAAUAGACUAUCUGGUUCCAUUGCUGAUGCUUUUACAGGUUUGCCUAACGGUAUUGAUAUCAACCUUUCUUACAAUGAGCUUUCAGGUCCAGUCCCCCAUUGUGCAAACUUUGUGAAUGCGUCCGUAGAAAGCAAUCCAGAUUUGUGUGGGAAUAUUACUGGAUUGAAACUUUGUCCAAGUCAAAUUAUGAAAAAGAAAAAUGAUCCUUUUCAUCAUAAACUUAUCCUUGUGAUUACGCUCCCCCUUAUCGGGGCUGUUUUACUUGGUGUAUGCACAUAUGGCCUUAUUGCUUAUCAACAACAAAAGAAAAAGUCUCCUCAAAAACCAUCGGACGAAGAAACUGGUGAUUAUUUCUCUAUCACAGGUUUUGAUGGAAAAGUGGUGUAUGUUGAUAUCUUGAGGGCAACAAAUGAUUUCGAUGAAGCAUACUGCAUUGGGAUUGGAGGAUAUGGGAUUGUGUACAAAGCCGAGCUACAACCUAACAAAAUGGUAGCUGUCAAAAAACUUCACUCAUCAUUUGAGAAUGUUGAUCAUAAUGGAUUCCUUAAUGAGGUACGAGCAUUAACGAACAUAAGGCAUCGGAACAUAGUGAAACUCUAUGGAUAUUGCUCCCAUGUUCGCCACUCAUUUUUGAUUUAUGAAUACCUUGAAAAGGGAAGCCUUGGAUCAUUCUUAAGAAGUGAUGUCUUAGCAAAAGAAUUGGAUUGGUUAAAAAGAGUAAAUAUUGUAAAGGGUAUAGCUAAUGGUUUGGUUUAUAUGCAUCACGACUGCUCACCUCCUAUAAUUCAUAGAGACAUUUCCAUUGCCAACAUCCUUCUUGAUUCUGAUUAUGAGGCACGUAUUUCUGAUUUUGGGACCUCCAAGCUUUUAAAGCUAGACUCAUCGAACUGGACCGUAAUUGCAGGCACAUAUGGUUAUAUCGCGCCAGAGCUUGCUUUUAUGAUGGUGGCAAAUGAGAAAUGCGAUGUGUAUAGCUUUGGAGUUGUUGCAGUAGAAGUGAUAAUGGGAAGGCACCCUGGAGAACUAUUAACAACUUUACCAACAUUGUCUGCUGAUCAUCUGGUGCCAACAAAUGUGGGAGAUAGUCGGAUACCUCCUCCCUCAUUCGAAGUAGAGAAACAAGUUAAGUUGGUUCUGAGUCUCUCGAGAGCAUGUUUGAACUCCAAUCCACAUGAAAGACCAACAAUGCAACAUGUUUCAAAUCUGUUAAUGAAGGAUCUACUUUGAAUUGACAUCUCUUGCCUGAUCAAUAUAAUGUACUUUCAGUGUUCUUUACUUUUCUUAAGUUCCCUAUAUGCACCCUGCCAAUAUGUAUUCAUUUGAAUGGCAUUUUGUUAAGAAACAAGUCUAAAAGCGUAUCAAAAGAUUCUGUCCCAUUUCUGUGUUGGUUGAUGAUAUAUAUAAUACAAUUUGAGAUCCUUUAUUUUAG